AUGUCGACGCCCGCCGCGUUCCAUGUCCAAUCUCCGGUUAACUCGGCCGAGGCGCCGCGGCAUUCUUCCUUCCUCCAUUUCAACGCCGAUUGCUUAAACUCUUCCGCCACCGCCUCUGCUAUGCGCACGAGGUCCCGACCGAGGCUCGCCAAACUCCGGAAGCAGUCUGCGUCUCAGCAGGUUAGGUCCCGGGGCAGAGCUUCUGGCGACGACGAUGGAGCCGCUGGCGGCUUCAAUCCGUUUCGCGCUGAUCAGGUAACUGGUAAUGACAGUGGAUUAGAGAGUGUUUUUUCGAACUGUCGGCGUGAUGCUGUUUUUGUGUUUGGCGCCGGGCGGGUUGAUUCUGACUCCGGUGGGGAUUUGAAGGGGGAAAUUAGGAGUGGUGGUGUGGAAUUUGUGUUUAGUGCGGGAAAGAAUGACGGUGGGAGUGUUACGGAGACGGUUUGUGGUGAGGGAGCGAAGGUGGGGUCGAGUUCGGCGGAGUUGAAGAGUAAGGUGUUUGUUUUUGGUGCUUGUAGAAAUAAUUUUGAUUCUGGCUCAAGUACAGAAAAGGGGAAAUGUAGCGUUGGGUUGGAAGAUUCGGUUGAGGAGAGGGAGUGUAAGUAUGAAUUUGGGGGGAGCCAUAGUGGUAGAGAGUCGAGUGUCAAGGUGGAGAAGAAGGAGCCUGUUGGCUAUGGGUGGAAUUCAGAUCGUGUAAUGGGAGCUUUUGGUGUCAAGAUGAAUGGUAAUAGUGAUACAGGUGCUGAUCGUUAUGAUCAUUUGGGUAAUGGUGAUAAGUGUAAGAGUGGAUAUGCCAAUGCUAAUGGUAUUCCUGCUUCUUAUGAUGGUGUUCCAGUGCGUAAUUUAUCAAACGAGAUGGAGAAACUUAACAUUAAACAGUCAGAGGGUGCUGAUAUUACUAGGAAUUCAAUGAAUUCACAUGCUAAUGGUUGUGAUACUGGUUUUGUGUUUAGAGGAAAUCUGAAGGGUUUUGGUUAUUCUAGUGUUACUUCAAGGACUGAAGCUGGUGGUCAGCAAUCCUGUGCUCAAUCUGCAUCGGAGAACGUUGGUGUUCAAAAUGGAACUGCUUGUGGUAUUGCCUGUGAUUCUUCAGGAAUACAUUGCCCUGAGCCAUCCUCUAGUGAGGAAGAUGUCAGAGAUUCCCAGAGUGGCAAAAUUCCAGGAUGUUAUGUGUCUCAAGAUUCAAAAGUGAAUGAUGCUGCAGCUUCAUUUUCCUUCACAUCAUUUGGUAUUGACUCCCAUCCAAAUUUUUCUGCUUCCAUUGGCCAUUCCUCGAGUGCAGAUGAUAAGGGCGAUAAUUGUUUUGCUAGUACUCCAGAGGCUUCUAAAGAGUCUUUUGUGGACUUCAAACCCCCAACAUGGGAUCCUUCAUGUUUCAAAGACAACUUAUUUCCUAAGUUAGCUAAAAAAGUUGAAUCCACACAGAAGGGUCGAUCAUGUAAGGAAAAAGGAUCAAAAUGUAUGAGGCGAAAGUUGAAGUUUCAUUCCUUAAACAAGAAACACACAGAGCCAGAUCAUUCCUCAAAUGAAAACAGUUCACUCAAAACCCCUGACUCCUCUGGUGUCCACUCACCAAUGGAUUUUUCUCCGUAUCAAGAAACAACAGCAAGUGAUCGAGAUGUAAAAGCUUCUAAAGGAUUAAAUGGUGAGCACUCAGCAAUUCCUACUGAUUAUAAAGGUGAACAUUUGCCUACUGUGGGGAGAGAAGAUACGAGUACAACUGAUAGAAGACAUGGAGAUCUGGAUAAUAAAAAAUGUGAUGGAAAUUCAUCUGUUGACGAUUUUCAUUCUUCUGGCCCUGAUAUAGUCUGUGCUAAUUUGAAAACUGAGCAAUUCUGCAGUAGUAGAGCAGGAGAUUCAGCUGGUGCUGGUGUUGACUUCACCUCAAACACUGAAAGGCAAAAGGAUGAUAUUUUUUGUUUUGUUCCUGGCCUGAAUGAAUCUACGGGGAAAAAUUUUUUGUUUUCUGUAUCAUCAGCUUUGGAUGGUACUCCAUCAUUAAAGCGUCAACAAAAGAAGAAAUUUAGAAGGAAAGUGGGGUGCAAUUCUUUUGUUAUCUCUCCUCGUGUGAAUGGAAAAUUUGGAUCUUCUGAACAGUUUUCACCACAUAACAGUGUCAACAUGACAUCACAUUCUAAUGUGAUGGAUAGAUCUCAGAUAAAUGACCAAUUAAAGGAAGGGGAUGUUGCAUCAUCAGAUAAAAAUAUGUCAUCAGCCUGUGACAAAUGGAGACUCAGGGGGAACCAGGCUCAUAAAGAUGGUGAUCUUUCUAAAGCUGAGGACUUCUACACACUUGGAAUAAAUUCCGUACCUUCAAAUGAAAGAUCAGGGUGCUAUGUUCAGCCACUUUUACUCUGCUAUAGUAACCGUGCAGCAACACGAAUGAGUCUUGGAAGAAUUAGAGAGGCUCUAGAGGAUUGCAUGAUGGCUACAGCUCUGGACCCUUCGUUUCCGAAAGUACAGAUGAGAACUGCUAACUGCCACCUUUUGCUAGGGGAAGUAGAAAAUGCUCAGCAGUGUUUUAACAAGUGCAUGGAAUCAGGUAGUGUUGUUUGUUUGGAUCGGAGGGUAAUAGUGGAAGCAUCUCAAGGUUUACUAAAGGCUCAGGAUGUGGUCAAGUGUAUAAAUAAUGCUGCUGAACUUUUAAAAGAGAGGACUUCUGAUGCAGCUGUUACAGCUUUAGAACUAGUUUCUAAGGCAUUGUCUAUAAGUUUAUACUCAGAAAAAUUGCUGCAAAUGAAGGCUGAGGCUCUAUGUUUGCUACAAAAGUAUGAAGCAGCAAUUCAGCUUUGUGAACAAAGUCAGCAUUUUGCAGAAAGGAAUUUUGUCUUGGCAAACAAUUCAGAGAAUUCUGAUAGUUCCUUAUCUGAUAGUCACUCAAGUGUAAAGUUGUGGAGGUGGUCAUUGAUAUCCAAAUGUUACUUUCGUUUGGGAAGGCUUGAGGCAUCACUUAAUGUACUAGAGCAAUUGCAGCAUGUUGUGUCUAUCACUGAAAAGUGUGUGAUCGAUAACAUUGAAGAUUCGUUAUCAUUAGCUUCUACUAUACGAGAACUUCUAGAUCACAAGAGGGCAGGGAAUGAAAACUUUAAAUUGGGAAAGUAUACAGAAGCUGUGGAGAAUUACACUGCUGCUUUGUCAUGCAAUAUUAAAUCACGUCCUUUUAUGGCAAUAUGUUUCUGCAACCGUGCUGCAGCUCAUCAAGCUUUGGGACAAAUUGCUGAUGCCAUUGCAGACUGCAGUGUCGCUAUUGCCCUUGAUGGAAAUUAUGCAAAGGCAAUUUCAAGAAGAGCCACCUUACUUGAGAUGGUUAGAGAUUAUGAACACGCAGCUUGUGACCUCAAAAGACUUAUAGCUAUUAUUGAAACUCAAUCCAAUGAAAGGGACAAACAGUCUGACUCACCCAAUGGAUCAAAAGGUAUGAAAGAAUCAAGGCAAGCUCAUCAACGCCUUCUCUCAGUGGAAGAUCAAGCCAAAAAGGGGACACCCUUGGAUGUCUACCUCAUUUUAGGAAUCAAAUCAGAUGAUACAGCAACAGAUAUCAAGAAGGCAUACCACAAGGCAGCUCUUAGACAUCAUCCAGACAAGGCUGGUCAUUUGUUGGCAAGAAGUGAAGUUGGAGAUGAUGGCCGUGUUUGGAAGGAAAUCUCACAGGAGGUGUACAAGGAUGCUGAUAAGCUUUUCAAAAUGAUUGGAGAAGCAUAUGCUGUGCUUUCAGACCCAGCAAAGCGCUCAGAGUAUGAUUUGGAAGAGGAGAUAAGGAAAGCUUGGAAGUUAAAUAAUAGAGGUGGCACAAGCAGGAGAUCUUCAGAUGCUUAUGGUUAUGGAAGAUCAUAUGGUUACAAAUCUCCCUCUGACAAAACUUCUAACAGACGAAGUGGAUGGGACCAGUGGAAGACAUAUGGACAUUCUUAUUCUCGAUGGUGA